AUGACGACGCAAAACUCGUCCACGGGAGAAACACCCACCGGUACCCCCCGUGGGACGGGCCAAAAGUCCCAUGAGCUCCUCACUUGCACCAUCAAGACCCCGCUCUUCUCGUACGCCCAGCUCGAACUCGUCACCGACUCGCCGCAAGCAUCUGAUGCUGCGGCGGGCUUGGAUAACCUCCAAGUGCGCUCCUACUGCAACGCCGCGCUGCGCCAGUUCCUCGGCGCCACGGGCUCCGCCAUCCCCAUCGACAUCCUUAAGGUCGACGGCAACCAGUGUUGGCUGCGCGUACCCCGUCCGGACCUCAGCCCCUUCGCCGCCGCCAUCACGGCGUGGGCCGGCGUCUCGGAGCAGGGGAGCCGGCGAGUGCUCCGGGUGAAGCAGUGCUCCGACUACCUUGGCGCCAUGGUUGGCGCCGACGGCCAAGACAAGCUCUGGUCUUCAUGA